CUCCCGCCGCCGCCUCUCAGCCCCCGGCACUCGGCAGAGGCGGCCGCGGAGGCCGGGCUCCCUCUGGGCGGCAGGAGGUGAAUGGCAAGCGGCGGCUUCUCCCUCCCACACCCCAGUGUCGGUCUCGCCUCCUCCAGCAGCAGCAGUAGCGGGUCACCUCUGCGCGGCUGAGCCGAGCCGAGCCGAGCCGCGCCGCGCUGCCUGCCGGCCGCAGGGCUGCCAGAGAGGCGGAGGAGGCAGCUCGCAGCUCCCCCCCCCCGCCACCCCCGCCUCGCCGCGGGCUCAGGGGCGCUACCUGCGGGGCCGCCGCCGAGCCGGGGAGCCGCCGCCGGGCUGCGGUGACAUUGGGAGGAGACUCGUCCGAGGGCGGCGCCGGGGGGGGCAGGAGCGCCGGUGCCCGCGGCGAGCGCCAGCCGCAACUCGCCCUCCCUGGGGCGGCGGGCAGGCGGGCGGGCAGGCUCGGCUCUGGCUGCCCGGCGCGCUCAGCCCUUCAUUUCCUCUCGCCGUCGCGCUGCUGGAGGCUCCGGACUAUAAAUAGCAGGCUCGCCAGCCACCCAACCGCACACGCACGCAGCGGAGGAAAGUGCCGCGCCGGUCGCCCCGCCGGGCGGUCGGUCGCCCAGCUGCCAGGCAGAGAACUUCUGCAUAUAUGAGGAGACGAGGAGUUGGCUGCCUCCUUAAUGUUCGCAUGUGAGACUGACUCCCUUUAUGAGGCAGGAAUGCAACAGGGUGCGUUUGGGUCACAGAGAACAUCAGAAUCUUCAGUGUCUUUAAUUUGGAUUUUUGACCUUCAUAUCUGCUGCCACCUAGAUUUUGCUCAGCUUCAACAAACUAACUAGCAUCAUCAUUGUCCUCUUCCAUCUCUUACUCAUCUUCAUCCUCUUCUCUGGCACCCCCAUGAGAUUCAAUGCUAAAGAUCUGGCUUUGCUGGCCAGGCAACCGUCAGGUUGUUUUGACAAGGAAGGAAAACUGAAGAUUUGCAGAGUGGUUGGGGAUGAAAAAUUAAUAGAACCGAGAGAGAGAUGGUGCCGACUGAAAGGAAAUCUGCUUUUUCUAAUGAAAAAUAAGAGUUCUGAAGCCUUGGAAGUGGUAAUCCUGGAGCGCUGCUGGAUUGUGGAGUUCAGGAGUAAAACAGAUGUUUCAAUAGUUCUCAAGUUUCAGAGCGGAGAACCAGAUCUUUACAUUGAAGCUGCAUCAAAGCCAGAUUGCGAAUCUUGGGCUGUGGCACUGGGAGAGGCAAACUCGGAAGGUUUGCAGAAUAGAAUUCAGCAGCUCCGGAGGUUGAUCAUGGAAAUCAAAGAGGAGAGAUCAUCAGAUGAAGCGCGACAGUUUCUCCCUUCAUCCCAAAUAGACAGUCUAGGAGAGCCACAGUUUACGAGUAUUCAGAGAAUUGCAAAUGAGCCAAAGCUGGAGUUCAGUCUUGCAUGCAAGGAUCUAGUGGCUGCUACCCGUGAUCGGAAGCUGAAUACGUUUAUACAAGUCUCGGUGGUACAUCCAGCAGAGCACAUUUUGACGAGGUAUUCAAGCACUGAAAUCGUGGAGGGUACAAGAGAUCCACUGUUUUUGACUGGUGUGACAUUCCCACCGGAAUACCCCAUCUAUGAGGAGACUAAAAUAAAACUGACAGUCUAUGAUGUCAAAGAUAAAUCUCAAGACACGGUCCGCACCAGUGUCCUACCUGAUCACAAGGAACCAAGAGCAGAUGUUGGACGAAGCUUCCUGGGCUGUACAACUUUUAGAGUAGGAGACUUGGUAAAGUCAAAGGAGCAACAGUUGACCCUUACCCUCAGGACUUCUGAUGGUGGAAAGACAGUUGGUACCAUUGAAGUCAAUCUUGUGAAGAUGGGAGAGCUAGAGGAUGGGGAAACGGACCACAUCACAACAGAUGGCCAGGAUCAAAAGUGUGCAUUGGUUCGUGAAUGUACAACCGCUGAAGGCAUAAGUGGUAAAGACAGCUUGCCUUCAUUAAAUGCAGUGUUAAAAAACCCAAUCUGUAAGUUGUAUAGAUUCCCUACUUCUGACAACAAGUGGAUGCGGAUCCGGGAACAGAUGGCUGAGACUACCCUCUCUUUCCAUGUUCCUAAAGAACUGAUCAAUCUGCACAUAAAGGAGGAUAUGAGAAGGAAUCAGGAACUUAAAGACUUGGGAGAACUUGCUCCUCACUGGGACAAUAUGCGCAAAAGUGUUAUUGCUCACUGUGAUCAGAUGUUGAGCAUGUACCAGGAUACUCUUGCAGAGCUUGGGAAGCAUACAGGUUCUUCCUUCAAAUCAAGCUGUAGCAAAGGAGAAAAAACAUUAGAAUUCAUCCCAAUAAAUCUUCAUCUGCAAAGAAUGCACGUGCAUAGUCCUCGAUUGAAAGAUGCUCUGUACGAUGUCAUCACUGUGGGAGCCCCGGCAGCGCAUUUCCAAGGAUUUAAGAAUGGUGGUCUCCGAAAACUGCUGAGUAAAUUUGAGGCAGAAAGACGAAAUACUGGAUACCAGUGUAUUUACUAUUCACCUGAAAACACAGCCAAGGCAAAAGAAGUUCUCAGCAACAUCAAUCAUCUACAACCUCUCAUAUCAAGCCAUGCAGACCUGCUGCUUAAUUCUGCAAGUCAGCAUUCUCCAGACAGCUUGAAGAACUCUUUAAAGAUGCUUUCAGAAAAAACAGAGUUAUUUGUGCAUGCAUUUAAGGAUCAACUGGUCAGAAGUGCCCUUUUAGCACUAUACACAGCCCGGCCUGGCUGUGUCCUCAAGAAACCAGCUGGGCCUAGAAACAGUGCAGAAGAAGGGGGUGAUUUACAGCAUGAGGAUCUUCCUUCUCAGAUUAAAAGACAGGACUCUAUACCCCACCAUUCUGAGUAUGAUGAGGAAGAGUGGGACAGGGUGUGGGCCAAUGUGGGAAAGAGUUUAAACUGCGUCAUUGCCAUGGUGGACAGACUGCUUGAAAAAGACAGUGUCAGCAACAUUAAAGAGGGUGAAAAUGACCCUUCAGCAGCAGAUUGCAAUGUGUUGCAUACAGGUGGUGACUGGUAUGAACAGCUUUACCCCCUGGUGAUUACGCUGAAGGACUGCAUGGGAGAAGUGGUGACCAGGGCGAAGCAAUCAAUGGCAUUUGUUCUGCUCCAGGAACUUGCCUGUGGUUUGCCACAAUGUUUGAUGCUGACGCUAAGAAGAGACAUCGUCUUUAGUCAAGCGCUUGCUGGAUUGGUUUGUGGGUUUGUAAUCAAAUUGCACACAGGUUUACGUGAUCAAGGAUUUUUACAACAGCUUCAUAGUGUUGGAUUGCUUGUGCAAUAUGAAGGACUCCUUAGUACGUAUAGUGAAGAAGCGGGGAUGCUAGAGGACAUGGCUGUGGGAAUUUCAGAUUUGCAGAAAGUAAUGUUCAAAGUCAUUGAAGCCAAAUCAGAAGAUUUUUUGCCGAUUAUAACUGGAAGGCGUGAACAUUACAUUAUAGAGGUCCAGCUUCCGGCAAAGAUGUUUGAGUUGCUGCCACAAGAGAUUAAAGAAGGAAAGCUACUUCGCAUGUAUCCAGUACUCUUUAAUGUUGGAAUCAAUGAACAGCAAACACUUGCAGAGAGGUUUGGAGAUACCACUUUGCAGGAAAACAUUAACCAGGAAAACUUAGAACUCCUAAAAGAAUAUUACAAGCUAUUUACAGAAAAAAUGCCUCCUGAUUGUCUACCACAUUUUCAAGAACAAAAUGAUUUAAAGGGAUUGCUAGAAAAUCUCCAUCAAAAUAUCCAGGCCAAAAAGAGAAAGAAUGUAGAAAUCAUGUGGCUGGCUGCAACGAUUUGCCGUAAGCUGAAUGGAGUCCGUUUCACCUGUUGCAAAAGUGCCAAAGACCGGACAUCCAUGUCAGUGACGCUGGAGCAGUGCUCCAUCCUGAGGGACGAGCAUCAGCUUCACAAAGACUUCUUUAUUCGGGCGCUGGAUUGUAUGAGAAGAGAAGGAUGCCGCAUAGAGAAUGUACUGAAGAAUGUCAAAUGCAGAAAGUAUGCAUUCAACAUGAUACAGCUGAUGGCUUUCCCAAAGUACUACAGACCUCCAGAAGGGACAUAUGGAAAAGCUGACACCUAAGUUUAACAAAAGUGUAAUCAGGAACAUACAUCACGCUAAUUAGUGAAUAUAAAAAAAUUGCUGUUUUUUAUAUUGGGAAUGUGUAACCAGUUGAGGUGUUAUUUUUAUCAGGUUUUAUCAUUUUACAUUAAAAUGACUCCAGUUAGCAGUUAUGAAAUAAAAUAUCAUGAAAAAGCAAUGGACUGAAUAUUCUCAAAACCAAAUAUAUUCAACUUUUCUUUGUGAAGCUAAAGCUUAGUAUGACUCAUAAGUCAGCUGGAAUUAGUUUUUUGGGUCGCUUGAUUGAAGAUUAAAAAGGGAGAUGUCAUUUGCUAUAGGAACUGAGGUUAGCAAUCUGGAAGGUGGCAUUCUGACUCUGAACCAAAACCUAAGAUUUGAUUUAAGGGGUCUUUUACUGCUGGAAAUAGUGUUUUCUGGAACGAGCAUAGCACCGAGGUCUUGAUCACUAAUGAUUAAAUCCUUUACAGAAGUGUUUAUGAAAGAUGCUAAUGUUAAUACCUGGGCUAAUAUAAUUUUGAUAAUUACAUUUAGCUUCUUUACAUAAGCAUGGUAACUUCAUAAUAUGUUUUUAGUAAUUACAGCCUGUAAUUUCAGUAAUUCCAUUCUGAUUCCUUGCAGUUCAUUUGGAUGUAUCAUUCUUGGCUUUCUGUACCACAGCCAAAUACCACUUAUUUCACUUUCACAUAAAUCGUGUUGAAAUCAGGGGGAUUCAUUCUUCAAGUAAGGUGAUCUGAAUUUGACCUGUCAUGUUCCCAUUUACUGUAAACCCUUAAAAUUAAAUUUUCUUUAGUGGUAGGGGAAAUGAGUUGUAUAUACAGGAGUUACUGUAUCUUCAGGCUAUAAAAACAUGUAUGUUUUUACAGAGCCUAAGACAAAUGUUAUAAUUAUGAGUAACCUGCUGUAUUAGGACUGGUUAGCCACUGCAGCUGAUUUAUAUCAAAUUUGUAACGCUGCAUGUAGACACUUUAGGAUGAAGAACUAUCAACUUUAAAAAUGAAUGUUAAUGCUUCUGCCAGCUUGUGUUAGUCCUGAAAUUUAUCUUGCAAAGAACAUUUGUGUUUUCUAAUUGUAUCUAUUUAUUGCCUCCUUCUGCCUCUCAGAGAGAAAUACAAUUAAAAAACCCCAAGUAUUCACUGGUUACUGACCUUUAUGUAAUGCAUUCAUUUUGAGAAAAAAAUAUCUAGAGCAGAAGUGUGAGAAUUUUAUCCUAAUGAAACUGCACUGGGAAUUUGAGCAUAUGUAGGAAAUUGUAAUUGCCAUGGAUAAAGAAUUAAUGUUUGCUUGCUCCUAUGGAAGUCAAAGAAAUCUUGAUGCACUGUGAGUUACAAUUUGUUCUUUUUAAUCCAAUAAUGCCCAUUAUUGGGUAUAAAUCUGUAACUGUACUAGUAAAAAUACAUAUUUAAGAGCCUGAUUCUGCAAACUCUAAUUGGAUGAUUACAUGGAAAUUAUCUAUCGUGAAUAAAAUUAAAUCCAUCUUGUGUAUUUGCAAGAUCAGGCUUUGGGGCUUGUAGGAGAACAUCAGCAAGAGAUCCUUGUUCCAAUAUUCAUGGACUUCAGUGAAGCUAGGAAUUCACCUGUAAAAUAUAUUUACCUAACCAAUGGGAACUUGUUUUCAAAGCAAAGGAGGUCAUUUAAGUCGUGUUUUGGUGCAUUUGUUGUUUAUUUCUAUUAUCUAGUGUGUUAUUAUGAAUGACUUCUUUGUUCUUCUGGAAUGUAUUACUGCAACAGUAGAUGUCAGAAGAGUUGGCAUUGCAUCAUGGAUAACCUCAGGCAGAUGAUUUUUUUCCUGUCGUGUACCAAUAGAAGUGGGCACUACUUAUUGGGUGGGUGGACAUGUGGAUAAAUUUGUGUUUGGGUCUUUAACUAUAGCAUAGUUGAUCUGUACACAACUUUUUUGUGGAUUUAUGGAACAUAAAUCUUCCUAGCAAAGUAAUGUUUUGUUCUGUUCAGACUGCCGCACUAGCCCUCGCUAUCUGCCAUGUUUAUUAUUAGCUUAAAAACCCCCACACGUACAGUUUAGAAAUAAUGAUAAAUUCCUCAUGCACCUCUGAAAUAAUCCCACAGAUGUACAAUAGAGAAUGCUGGUCUUCCUACAGCAAUUCUGAAACAAUCUGUAAAAGUCUAUGUGGGGAUGGUAUUCACUGGUGGAUACUAUAGGUUCCUAUAGUUCUUUAUUAGUCCCAUGGGUAUUCAGUCAAGUUCAAAAUAUGAAAUCCUAUAGAUUUUCUUAUCAGAAAAAUAGUCUUUCAAGAUCUUGUCUCAGCAUUUUAAUCCCACUUGGGUUCUAAAUUGCCAUUGUCUUUAUCAUGUUACUUUUUUAUUGAAGAUGUUUUCCACAUGCCACGUUUGUGGAGGGGAAAGGAAAGGCAUUGGAUUACUGUCCUUUUUGUUUUAACAGCCACUCCCAGCAUGUUCUUCUGAAAUUAAAUAAUCUGUUAUUUGUUAAAGGUAAGUAAGAAAAAAACCCAAAACCCACAUCAGUGAGCUGCAGUGAAACUUCACUGGGCUUGGGCCAUUCCAGAAGAGUAGGCUGGGUUUUGUGCUGAAUAAGGGUGAACUUUUUCAAGCCAGUUUUUUGAUUGGAACAUCUUUUUGUAGGCCACGAGACUCUCGUAAAACCCACUGAUGUGGUUCCAAGUCUCCUAGAAGAACAGUGUUGCUUCAGUACUGGAACAGGCUCAAAUGUAUCCUUGGUUGGUCAUUGCCUGCUGUGCGCUACUGCAGUCCAUGUAGGCAAAGGCUGUGUCAUCACAGCUGAGUUGUCAGCUAAGCAGGGAUUCAGAACUAGUGCUUUUUCUGGUUUGCCCUUUAUGAAGAAACAAAGGGGGGGUUGCUGCAGGUUGAUAGUUGGUUACUUGGAGUACGUUUACUCUUUAUAGAAGCUGCCUCAAGCGCAGUGCAUUGUUUGAAUGCCUAACAGAGGAGUUAAAUCAUCCCUGAGGUCUUGCACGUAUCCUUGUAGUUCACUGUGAAUAUCAAAGGAGUAAAAUUAAGCAAAUGAAUUUUUAUGAGCAAGCUACACCAUUUGUUUUGCAAAGGGUUAAGGGAAGCAUACUGAUUUUGGUGGCAGAGUCACAGAAAAUGUUCCAUAUCUGCUCUCUUAAAACUUUUGCAAGGUAUAAAAUAAUCUGCUUUGAGGUGAGGGCAGUUCUCAAGGGCUAGAAGAUGAACAAUCAAAAAUAUAUGUGGUAUCUAAAGCCAAAUCCUGUCUUACUCAUGGAAGAUAUUAUUUGUAGAAAUAAGGUCAUCAGGAUCCGUCUCAAGGAAUCCUGAAAUAAGGGCUUCUAGCUUUGAAUAUUUGUACAGUGCAUUACAUGCUUAUAUGGGGUUUUUGUACCACAGACUAGUGUCUAACUAGAGAGCUAGUAUAAAAUGCCUAAAAAAAUAAGGAAAGGAAAGUUAAAGUAACUUUUUCUCAGAGAUGAUUGUAAUACUGUUAUAAUACAUGACAUGCGUAGGCCUGACAUUGUUAAGCAGGCAGGUCUUUUUUUCUGAAGUCUUCUUUUGGGGAAUUUAAAAUACGUUCUUAUUAGUGUUUACACUUUGGCUUUUAUGGAGCAAUUAGGAAACAAACUUUUAAUUACGUUACCUGAUUUUUUGUCUAUGUGAAGCUGUGUAUUUUGAUGGAAUACUAGCAAUGUAUGUGUUAUAAAGAACAAAUAAUGUAGGAGGACAGCUGAAACAAAGUAUUAACUGAGAAAGAGCCUUAAUGAAGUCCUUUUCAGUGUUAAUUUUUGUACUGUCUGAAUUUUGGCAUUACGUAAAUGAAAUAAGGAAAUUAACAAACACCUUCUGUGUCUAAAUCAAUCAGUCCUCAUGAGAAUUCACUUAUUUGCAGUGAAAUAAAUUGUAAUGGUAUUCUAAAUCUUCAUGAGUAAUUUAGGUGUAAAGAAGUGCAACAUAUCAUUUUGAAGCCCACUGUAUAAUAUGCCUAUUAAGAGCUUCAGAAAAUAAGCUUAUUUUUCCUUCUAGUUUAAAUACAAGUUCCAGGAAAUCCUGUGGUCCACUCACAAAAAGCAGAAAAUGCACUGAACGUCAACCUCUGUAAUACAGAAAGAAAUUGCAUUAAAAACUAUGCAGCAAAAUUACUUGCGUGAAUUAAUGUAUGUAAUCAGUUAACAGUCUUAAACGUAUGUUGUGUCAGUUGGCUAUGUUGUAAACUUGAAACCAUUGAUAUCUAUAUUUAUGCUUUUUUUUUAUUGUAGAGAAGUGUGCUGUACAGGCAAUGCCAUGAGACAUGAAUUUGCAUCUUGCUUUUCACUUAUUUGCAGCUUAAAAGCAGAUGUUUACAACCAAAGUGCUUUAAAAUAAUUUACUGUUCUUCAAAACACAAAAUUGCCUUGUAAAUUGCAUGUUUAAAAAAAAAAAAAAUCACACAAAUGCUUUUUUUCCUUAGUCACGCAACACAUCGACUGUUGUAUUGCCAGACCAUGCAGCUUACACUCUGCAGCACUCAAACAUUUAUUUGCUCUUUCUCUCAUAGCAUCUGCUGAAUAAGUAAUGUAACAACAAUGAAUUUCAGCAUGAUAAUCAUGAUCCAAGAUUAAAAACUUGCAUUUGCUCAGAUAAACAGGAAACUUAAUACUUCAGAAUAAAUAAAAUAGACGACACUUGUGAACCAACGUAUCCAUAUUCCAAAGAGCUGAAACAUAAAGCAUGGGGUUUGCGUGCUGUCAGGGAGAAAGAGUUAUGGUAGAAACCUGUGAUAAUAGAGCACCCUGGAUCUGUGGGGUUUGGAGUGGUGAGAUUUGGACCAUACUGUUCUUACUUAGAUCUCUAACUAUUGGCAGUGGUGUUCUGUACUCUUUCCAGGCAUGCAAAGUACUUUAAAAGUUCUCAGCACUUCUGUUUUGUUUAUGAAUGGUCUGACUUUAAAAUUUCUAAAAUCCCAAAUUACUUUGGUACUUGCUUUCAUUUUGUGUAGCUGUUCCUUGUAAUGUUCCUGUCUCACACUCUGGAGCACAUGGGGCUAUGUAUAAGUAACAUUAACAGGACUUCAGUCCAGUGUGUGUGUGUGUGUGUGUGUGUGUGUGUUCAGAGAAAUGAAGCACAACUAUAGCAAUUCAACUCUUUCUAUAUUUCAGGAUUUAGCAUUUUGGUUUCAUUGCUGUCUGUAAGCCAUGUCCAUUGUACACUGUGUGUAUAUUUUUAUUUAAAUAAAUGUGAUGUUUAUUUUUUAUGUUUCUGACUUUUUUGUUUGUUAUUCAUUUUUCAUUUUCAUUACAGUGUUGUUGCCCAGAGGGCAGAUUGUGCAUGAUGCUGAGAGUGGGUUCCCUCCUAAAGGAGUCAGUGGAAGCCCACCCACAGGUCUUGUCACUGCUAGGAGCGAGUAAUUAAGGAAAGCUCUAAUACAACAGUAAAAAGCCUGCAGUGGCCAUAAAUUAAUUGUUCCUAGUCUUACUACAACUUUCAUCUCAGAACCAGGUGGGUCCUGCAUUUUCUAAUCAAAAACAAACAAAACAUUCGCAUACCCGUAAGGAAACUCCUUUCACAUAACUAUUGAUCUGUAGAGAGUUAUUCAGUGUAACAGAGGUGGAAUCAACAUCUUUCAUAAUGAAGACUGUUAAAAAGGUGAUGUGGCAUGCUUUGGCUGGUAUUUUGUCUUCACCAUCUUAAUGCUGGACACUAGACCUGGGGAAAUAAGUAAGGGUUGCUUCUGUGCUGGUUUUUUGAGCUGCUGUUGAUGACUAGAUUUAUUGUAUGAUCUGUCAUCACAAUGAAAGGUAAGUUCUUCAUGGUUGGCUGAAAUGUAGCAAAUAGACCUUCUUUUGGUGUAUAUGAUAAAAUGUGGUUCACCUUCUGUAUUAUUAGUACUAUGAUUAGAAGAUUGUUUCAUAAUUUACUUUCUCUGUUUGUAUGUUAGUAUGUUUAGUUGUUUUACUGUGAGAUGUUAAUUACCUGCAAGGUUCUUGAUAACCUUUAGAAAGCACGAGGAACUAAUGGUUAUUAUGGAAAUAAGUUAAAAAGCUGUUAGCAUUCAGCGUAGGACUCUUUUAUCUUACUAAUAAAAGUGACAGUCUUUAAAAAUA